AUGGAGCGCGAAGCCAUCACUGCUGCCAACCAGCUCAGAUCUCCUCUCCUCCGGCUACCGGGCGAGAUCCGAAAUCGCAUAUACGGUUUCGUCUUCUAUGGCAAAAACACUACCCGGACUGCCCUGCUCACGACAUGCAAGCAAGUUGGGCACGAGGCGGCGCCAGUCUACUACUCUCACAUCGACCUUUCAUUCUUCGACUUCACGGACUUGAAGAACCUGGGUCUGAUGAGGCAGAUGAAUCAGAUGAUUGCUAGAGCAAAGCCAGAAUUACUCGCGAGAGUAAAAUCAGUCUGUACACGCCGCGGACCAACAGAACAUAUGGCGCGUUGCGCUCUCCGGGCUGUGCCUAGGGAUGGUUACACCGAGUACUUCAUAUUUGCAAGUUACCUCCCAGGACUGAAGUACUGGGACGUUUGUGGAAACAUGAAUCCGGUCUGGCAGGAAGAAGUGAUGAAAGGGAUCAAGAAGUUGAUGGGUCGUGAUUUGGACGUCACCUUCGAUCUGACGAAGUAG